GUUUCUUUUCUUCAUCAGUGUGGGUGGGCGGGGACCCCCCGUAGGUGAUAUAAACUAGGUGGAAUCUGGACCCAUAGUUCUUUACUCGGACUCGCCACAAGUGUCAAGCCUUUAAACGCCUGUGCUCAUAAUGUCGGAUAUCAACAAUGAAGUGUCAGCCAUUCCCCAGCCGUUUCCUAGUCUUAACAACUCGUUUGGUGCCUUGUACAUCGGCCUUUUGUUCAGUGCUAUCCUUUAUGGUAUCACAAAUAUACAGCUCGUAACAUACCUUCAAACACAGUGGGAAAACGAUCGGCUUGUUUAUAGAAUAAUGGCAUGUUCAAUUCUUUGACCAGUACUGCAAGCUGACAUAGACGGGCUUAAGGUUGUAUGGCUUUGGUGGGGUUUCCUCCGAGUUGUGGAGUACUGAAAUAUUGCCGAUGAUGACGCCUUGUUUUACAGGUCGCUCGACACAAUCCAUAUUGUUUGUGUCUCGCACAUGUUAUACUACCACCUCAUAACAAACUUUGCAAAUCCUCUCGCACUCUCGAUAAUAGUUUGGAGCUUCAAGAUGCAAUAUAUAAUAACUGUGGUUAUCAUAUUUUUUGUUCACUGGUGUGUCUUCAUAGAAUACUUGAACAAGGCAAGGCAAGCACUGAGGGACACUAGUCUAUAUGCUCAUCGUCUCUGGAUUUUGGGGAAGGGACGGAACCAUAUUCUUUUUUUGGUGCAAGUUGUCGUCAUAGUUCUUGGCUCAGGAUUGAGCACGUUUCUAUGUUAUGUCAUAUGUCAGUGUCGCCUGUACUCUGAUUUGUGGAUGGUGAGAUGGGAGCCGAUAUCUGCGCUUGCUUUGCUUGCCACAAACGACGUCUUUGUUGCGGCAUCGAUGUGGUAUCUCCUAGUUUUAUCGCGAACUGGAUUUUUAAAAACGGACACAAUAAUAAAAAGAUUAGUCAUUUAUGUGUGUGCUUCCGGGUCCUUGACAAGCAUCUUCUCUUUGGCUUCGAUUAUUACAUGUGCGGUAAUGCCGGAUAACAGUAUUAACUUAGCAGUUGGCCUUUUGCUCUCCAAGCUUUACGUGAACUCGUUUAUUGCCCUCCUCAAUUCGCGAAGUCAUGCAAAAUGUUUUGGAGAUGCCAAUAUGUCGACUCUUGGAGCUGUCCCACAUCCAGUCAAGUGCCAAGACGAUGAAGAGGAUUAAACCUAUCUGGGAGUACAACUCAAGGAAGAUAGUCCUCACAAGCAUUGUAAACUGAUACAUCGUGUCACAAAGACAAUACUGGAAGCCUUAUAAACUUGGAUUCAUCUGGGAUUCCUACUGCAGCUUACAAUGGCACUUUCCCUAACACGGGUAUUGUCAGGCUCUAAUCGCACAUCUACCAUUUUUUUUACUGCUGCUGCAGUACAUUCCAAUCUCUAGCUUUACAUUGUUAUGACUUCUCAACACUACAAAUAGAUACAUUCCUUUCUUAUUUCUU